UCAGGCUGCCCAUUUUUCAGUUGUGUUGUUUUCUUAUUGAGUUUUAAGAUUUCUGUGUGUAUGUUGGGUAAUAGUCCUUUAUUAGAUGUGUCGUUUGCAAAUAUUUUCUCCCCAUCUGAGGCUUGUCCUCUCAUAUCCACUUUCAAGUGUGUAGUUCAGCAGUGUUGAGUAUAUCCACGUUGUUGCACAACCACUCCCUGCAGAGUUUCUGUCAAAAGUAAAUACUUUCUUUAUAGGAUGCAAAGUUCAUCUAUGACUCAGAUGAAUCCAUAAACAUUUUAAAGGUUCCCAUGGAGAACCACUGCACAUAAAUGUCUUAUUACAGAAGGCCAUCCAGAGUUUUAAGGCUAAUAUGCAGGUGAAAAGCCCAUAUUGUGAAAAUAUAUAUAAUCUGAAUGCAGUAUUCGGAGAUGGUGGCUGUGUCAGACCCUGUCAUCUGAGCCCAGAGCCGAGUGGAAUGCAUUGCUUGGAUCUCUGAAGCACACUGUGUGUGAACAGUCACUUCUUUCAUGGAAAAGAGUGUGGAAAAAUAAUGAAUUCACACCAAUUCACAUUACAGGGGGCUUAUGGCCUAUUGAUUUUUAAGGUUAAUCUAUUUUUAAGGGGUGACUCCUUUUAGGAGUUAAAUUACACUUAAAUUAUAUUUGUUGACUGUCCCUAUUAUGCCUGCCGCCGAAAGCAUCCACCUGAUAAACGUUUGUUUAAUGAUUUCCAAAGUGGCGAUAAACUUUUAUCAUCUUAGUGGACAGGAAUUCUAAUGGCAUUAUUCUGGCACACCUGGUUUUUGUCGGUAAUCAGACAUAUCACUGUAAGAGCAGAGAACAAUUUAUUCAGUUGGGAAUGUAGAUAGAAUUCUGUAACUCAUUAGUUCUUAAUAGGGAAACAUAACCCAAUCCUUUCCCUGUUCCCUGUAGGUACAUGGCUAAGACCUGGACACCAUCUGCACCUUACCCAGGACUCUGCAGUUUCCUCAUGGUGAAUUCUUGAUGGAUCUGGCUCUUGGUUGCUGGCAGCUCCUGGGCAGGAGAAAUGGCUGCUAUCAGAUUUGGGUUUGGAAGGCUGAAGAGGAGGAGUUUCUUGCUGUUGAAACUCGUAGCCUUUGUCCUUGCUGUGCUUCUAUUUUGUGAAUUUUUAAUCUAUUACUUAGUGAUCUUUCAGUGUAAUUGGCCUGAGGUGAAAACUCCAGCCCAAAGAGGUGAACAAAAGACUCUUGAACCCGUCCUGAAAGCCAUGUUUUUGGCUGAUACCCACUUGCUUGGGGAAGUAAGAGGCCACUGGCUAGACAAAUUACGAAGGGAAUGGCAAAUGGAGAGAGCCUUCCAGACGGCUCUGUGGCUGCUGCAGCCAGAAGUUGUCUUCAUUUUGGGAGACAUCUUUGAUGAAGGGAAAUGGAGCACCUCCCAGGCCUGGGAGGAUGAUGUGGAGAGAUUUCAGAAAAUGUUCAGACACCCGCGUCAUGUGCUGCUGAAGGUCGUUGCUGGCAACCAUGACAUUGGCUUCCACUAUCAGAUGAACAGAUACAGAAUAAAACGAUUUGAGAAAGUUUUCAGUCCUGAAAGGCUGUUUUCAUGGAAAGGAAUUAAUUUCGUGAUGGUCAACAGCGUCGCGCUGGAGGGGGACGGCUGCAGCAUCUGCUCUGAGGCGGAGGCUGAACUUAUCGAAAUUUCCCACCAACUGAACUGCUCCCGAGAGCAGGCGCAGCGCCCCGGCCACUGCGAGGAUGGGCAGCCGCUGCCGGCGUCGGCCCCGGUCCUCCUGCAGCAUUUUCCGCUUUACCGGAGAAGUGACGCCAACUGCUCCGGGGAGGACGCCGCGCCUCCGGAGGAAAGGGGCACCCCCUUCAAGGAGAGAUACGACGCGCUGUCUCGGGAGGCCUCCCAGAAGCUGCUGUGGUGGCUCCGGCCCCGCCUGGUCCUGAGCGGCCACACGCACAGCGCCUGCGAGGUGCUCCACGGGGCAGGGAUCCCCGAGCUCAGCGUGCCGUCGUUCAGUUGGAGGAACAGAAACAACCCCAGUUUCAUCAUGGGCAGCAUAACCCCCACAGAGUACGCCCUGGCCAAGUGCUACCUUCCCUGUGAGGACACGGUUCUGAUCACAUACUGUGGAGCAGCUGGCUUCCUCGUGGCCUUCGUAUUAGUUCACCUUGGACUUCUAACCUCACCUUUUCAUUUUGGUUGUAAGCUGCUCAGAAAAUUUAAGACAAUGUGAAGAGCAGAAGACCUUUUGCAUUUAGUAAUAAAUAUCAAAGCCAAAGAAACGGAACUUCAGGCAG